CGCGGGGCAUGAUGGGGGAGUGGGCGAUUUCCAUCAUGGCGGCUUCCAUUUCGGGCUACACCUUCAGCGCUGUGUGUUUCCACAGCGCCAACAGCAACGCGGACCACGAAGGAUUUUUGCUGGGAGAAGUAAGACAAGAGGAAACCUUUAGCAUCAGUGACUCACAAAUCAGCAAUACAGAAUUUCUGCAAGUAAUUGAAAUCCAUAACCAUCAGCCUUGUUCGAAACUUUUUAGUUUUUAUGACUAUGCAAGCAAAGUUAAUGAAGAGAGUUUGGACCGGAUUCUUAAAGAUCGGAGAAAGAAAGUGAUUGGGUGGUACAGAUUCCGGCGCAAUACACAGCAGCAAAUGUCAUACAGAGAGCAGGUUCUCCAUAAGCAGCUCACCCGCAUCCUUGGUGUGCCCGAUCUCGUCUUCCUCCUCUUCAGCUUCAUCUCUACUGCCAACAAUUCCACUCAUGCUUUAGAAUACGUUCUCUUUAGACCAAAUCGAAGGUAUAAUCAAAGGAUAUCACUUGCUAUUCCCAAUCUAGGCAAUACUAGCCAGCAAGAGUACAAAGUGUCUUCAGUGCCAAAUACUUCUCAGAGUUAUGCCAAAGUUAUUAAAGAACAUGGUACCGACUUUUUUGACAAGGAUGGCGUGAUGAAAGACAUCAGGGCGAUUUACCAGGUUUACAACGCGCUGCAGGAGAAAGUGCAGGCAGUGUGUGCAGAUGUUGAAAAGAGUGAGCGAGUUGUUGAAUCUUGUCAGGCAGAAGUGAACAAAUUAAGAAGACAAAUCACUCAGAGGAAAAAUGAAAAGGAACAAGAAAGAAGAUUGCAACAGGUGAUGUUAAGCAGACAGAUGCCACCUGAAAGUUUGGAGCCGGUGUUCAGUCCUCGGAUGCCCUAUUCUGGGUUUGCAGCCGAAGGCAGAAGUACCCUUGGAGACACAGAGGCCUCGGAUCCUCCUCCCCCUUACUCUGAUUUUCACCCAAACAAUCCAGAAAGUACUUUGAGCCAUUCUCGCAUGGAAAGGAGUGUUUUCAUGCCUCGACCUCAAGCCGUGGGCUCUUCCAAUUAUGCCUCCACUAGUGCCGGACUGAAAUAUGCGGGCAGCGGAGCAGAUCUGCCUCCUUCCCAAAGAGCAGCUGGAAACAGUGGUGAAGAAUCGGACGACAGCGAUUAUGAAAAUCUCGUUGACCCUGCAGAGCCUUCUAAUAGUGCAUACUCACAUUCAAAGGAUUCUCGACCCGUGACACAUUCCGAGGAGGACCCCAGGAACACUCAGACCGCCCAGAUUUAAACAAACAGAAGAAACUGUCCACUUAGCACUGUUCUUCUUCAUUGCUGGUUGAGAGGGUUUUUGGAGGACUGAAUCUGGGGGGCAGCUGCUUUCUCAGAUCCUUGACUCCCAACAGAGGAUCCUUGUGCACAGACUUGUGGAAGCCUCCAUCUGCUGGUUCUGCCUUCGGAUGCCGGGUGCAGGUUUCAUGACAGAAUCAUUAAGAUAAUCAAAUUGUCCUAAUUCUGGUGCGAUUCACGGAUGUGCUGGUAAAUUUAGGCAGAGUGAAACUUAUCAGCGUAGUUUCUGUUCUUUAAAAUAAAUUGGAAAUUAGAGACUAAGCACAAUUAGUCUAUACAUGUUCUAUAAAUCAAAAACUUACCUCUUGCACUAUCAUGCCUUGAAAUUUACUCUUUCAAAGGGAAACAAGUUUAGCAGCAGCCUUCAAAGAACUUCUUUCUAUGAUGAGCCAAAUUCAUCUUUGCCAGAAAAGAAAUUUUGAUAAUUCCAAGAAGCCUGAUUGGAACAAAUCAGAUACACCUUCUCUUGUCUGCAUGACUUUGUGAGAUCGAAAGAGAGGGCUUUGUUUCAACUUUUUUCUACUAGCCUGAUAUGUAUUGUCACUUAAAAUGGUUGCCUUUUAAAAAAAUAUAGGAAUACUAAUUACCAGUGAAUAAUCAUCCAAAUAAGUAUGUCAUAAAAUAAAUUAAUUAUUUUUCUCUUGGUGGAUUACAGUGACUACUGUCUUGCACUAGCACAUUUAUGGUCUCUUUUCUGGAGUCUGUGUCUGUUAUCCAACAAUGGAUAACAGAAGGAGUUAAGUACCAGACCUGAGUUUUAUACUGAACAGAUUCCAGACACAAUGGAUUUAGCUGAGUUCAUACGUAAGGGAUGUAACUCAUUUAGAUCUCCUGACAAAUCCUAGUGUUAGUUUUAUUUGUGGAGGAAAGACACUUAAUAAACUGUUUGGGAAUCUUGGUGAAUAAAGAUUUGUUUUAAAUCUGAAUAACCAUACUUAUUUUUUCUUUUAAGUUGCCAUUUGGGGAAUAAUUGCCGAAUGGGUAGACACUCUCUUGGGAUGCACUGAUAUUUUUAUUUAAUGACCGCUUGUUUUCUAGUUUUGCGCAGAACGUGUGAAGCCGCUAAGACAUUCAUGAGCAUGUUGGGCUCCUGGCUUAGAAAUGGCAAGACCUUCCGUGAGGUCGGCCCACGAAGUUAAUCCUCGGAGUUUAACUGCCUUUCCUUUGGACUAGUUAAAACGUGUAAGAAUAAGGAAGUUUUUAGAGAGGGCCUGAAAAAGUAAUUGCAUUUUAUAGGAUAGACAGUUAUUCACUGAGCUCCAGUUUCAAUACUAAAUUAGACAGUAUAAUAUAGAUUGAAAAAUGAAAUGCUCAAACUGCCAUCUUCGGGUAUCCACUCUGUGGGGGUCCAUAUUUUAACUACUCUCUUGGUUUUGUUGGCCUUAUACCACUGCCAUUUGAUUGUAAAUGUUGCAGACCACUUUAACUGCAAAUGGCUUCAGUUUUUAUCAACUCCCUACUGAACAGCUUCAGCAGUGAAUUUACUUUUCAGCGAAUUUUUUUUUUAAAGUGCCAUCGCCAUCUCCUCUGUUCAGAUUUUGACAUUCAGGAAAAUAUUUUUAUUUUUAUGCCAUACUGAAAUCUACAGUGUACAUCUGACAAAGCAGUUAAAUGUGACAAUAAAAACUUAUUUAAUCGUGGUA